AUGGCAGGCAGCAAUGCCAUGGAGCUCAAAAGGGAGCUCGCGCAGGUGCCCAUCACCGCCGUGGCCUUUUAUAGGGAUGCCGCCAGCAAUGCCCUGCACGUGCUUGCCAGCGAGGACACGGAUCUCGUCGUCUACCGAGUCUCUGGCAAUGACAACGUCUCUGCGAAGCAUGAUGUACAAAAACCCCUGGCGCGUGUACGGAUACUGAGCGCGCAGCCCAUCCACGGCAUCUACGUGCACCAGCCUGAGGGCAGUGAUCCGUCGGCUGGCCGUGUGCUACUUUGGGGCGGCUCUUCUGUCGCCAUGCUCAAAGUUUCAGAUUUGGAUCUACAGGGUCAAGGGAGCGCGAGCCCGUCAAAACGAGUGGCGCGCCUGCGUGCGCCGGACUGGAUCUACGACGGCGCCAUAUCUAUAGCCGACGAGAACCUCGCCGUGCUCGUGACCGCGCACAACGAGGUCAUCACCGUGCGCUUCGACGAGCACGCCGCCACGGCCGUGCUGUCGUCAACGCUGGUAUCGCCGUCGCGGCCCAUGCUGUACGCGGCCAACGUAUGCUGGACGUCACCGACGGACGUGCUCGUCGCGGCGGGCACCGUCUUUGGCGACAUUCUCGUCUGGAUGCACACGUUUGACGCCGACUCGUCGCCGCGCACGCAGCAGACGACCAGGCCGAGGAUGCUGUACUCGCUGUCGGGACACGAAGGGUCGAUCUUUGGCGUGCACAUGUCGCCGCUGAUGGAGAUGCCGGAUGGAUCUGCGGUGCGGCUGCUGGCGAGCUGCAGCGACGACCGCACAAUUCGGCUAUGGAACAUUACGGAGAGCGGAGCUGGGGAGGGAGAUGUGGCAGUGUUGGAUGCAGUGGGAAAGGUGGAAGCGUCAGACACGGGAUUUCGAUGCGCGCCGGCGGUGUAUGGAGAAGACGGCGCCGGUGCCAAAGGUCGUGCCGACCUCUCGCCUGUCGCAACGGCCAUGGGUCACGCAUCUCGCAUCUGGGGCGUAAGGUUCGGCCUUCCCAGCACUACAUCACUCACAGAUUCCCAGAGACAGCUUUGGGGAGGCGCAGAGAACAAGGGUCUGCUGUCUGUGUACUCGUUUGGCGAGGAUGCAACGGUGCAGAAGUGGACGGUGGAUAUUGUGGCCGCGCUGCAGAUGCCGCAAAGCGCAGCGCUCGUCCACAGCAAGACGUAUACGCUACACGACGGCAAACACCUGUGGUCGAGGAACAUCUUUUGCAGCGUAGAGGACGGCGUGGCGACGACACAUGUCCUGGCCGGCGGCGCGGACAGCAAAAUCACGCUCGUCAAGGACACGGCCGAUGUGGCCGGGAACACCAAGACGUACAACGGUGCAGAAACGUGGGAAAUUGACGACAUUGUAUUGGCGACAGAGCCGCCUCAAGCGGGAGCUAAGCAGCGCAAGGAAGUUAUUGGUCGAUAUGACUUUGUCACGCCCGACAUCCUGCUGGCCGUGAGCAACAUGGGCAAAGUGCUGCUGGCUACCUUUGACGGCAAAGACGCCACCUGGGAGGAGCUCUCCGUGGAGGACGAGGCUACGCGCGAGGACAUGAAGAAUAUCUACGCCCUCAAGACUGUAUCCUACGGCGGCGCUCUGCUGGGCUCCAUCACCGGCGGGGUGUACUACUUUGGUCUGCGCGACAGGCGCAUGGUCAAGGCAGCCACUCUCGCAGGUCGCGUGGUGGAGAUGAAUACGCUGUCUAAGACCUUCCAGGGAGCUGCGGGGGAUGCAGAAGCCAUUAUUCAUCUGCACCGCGAUGCCGCCUCGGUCCAUCUCACAAUAGACCGGGAGACGGGCGCGGUCAAGAGCCAGGAGGAGAUUGUCGGUCUCGACAGCCGCUUCGUCGCCAUCUCGGCCGCGCGCAUCGACGACUUACUAGCUAUUGGCUCUCGUCACGGCUGGAUCGCGCUUCUACGACGAGAUGCUGACACCGGCGCAUUCCGCCCGAUCCUCAACCUGCCUCCCGCCAGCGGCGACGCUGUCACCGCUAUUGUACCACUGCCGCCGAGUCCAACGGCACCGGCUGCCCGUCGUACAAAGUACAUCCUCACAACCAGCCGCGACGGCAAGUAUCGCAUCUUCCAACUCCACGUUGGCAAUGGCGAGGAUGGCGCCGCGCACAUGACGCUGCUCCACGAGACGGCGCCGCCGUUUGGGCCGUGGAUCGAGGGCGCGUGGUUCACCGACGACCCGGCGCCGGAGCUGAUCCUGUACGGGUUCCGCAGCAAGGACUUUGUGGUGUGGAACGAGACGCGCCGCGAGGAGCUGGCGACGAUGGACUGCGGCGGCGCACACCGCACCUUUCGCCUGGCCUACGACGCGCAGGACGCCAGCCGGGUGCGGUUCGCGUUUACGCGCACGUCCAGGCUCGUGGUGCACUCGCAGCGCGGCGUCUUCUACGAGCUGGUGCGGCUUGGCCAGCACGGGCGCGAAAUUCGCUCGCUGGCGGCGGCUGGGCGCUACGUGGCGACGGGCGCCGAGGACACGAGCAUCCGGCUCUGGGAGCCCGAUGUUGGUGGCGGCGUGGCAAUGAUGCAGCACAGGGCGUACUUGAAGCGGCACGUGGUCGGCCUGCAGAAGCUGCAGUGGAUGGGCGACGAGCACCUCUUCUCCAGCGGCGGCAACGAGGAGCUCUUUGCGUGGCGCGUGCGGACGCUCGACUCGGCGUACGCGGGCCGCGUGGCCGUCGUCUGCGAAGGCGUGUUUGCGGACAAGAGCCCGGUGGGCGACCUCCGGAUCAUGGACUUUGACGUGUCGCCGGACGGCGGCGGCGACGAGCGACAAGGCAGCACGCUCGUCACCAUGGCGUUUUCCAACUCGGCGCUCAAGACGUACCGCUACACGGCGGCAGGCGGCUUCGCGCUCGUCUGCGAGGGCUUGUAUACUGGUGCCUGUCUGACGCAGGCGCGGCAUCUGGAGACGAGUGACGCGACGGGCGGGUUGCACGUCGUCACGGCGUCGACGGACGGCCACAUCGCGCUCUGGCGCGGCAGCAGCAGCAGUGGGAAGUACGAGCUCAUGCAGACGCUUAGGGUGCACCAGAGCAGUGUCAAGAGCCUGGCCAUGACGAGGCUAGCUGGCGGACGUCGCGGGUCCGGCAUCGUGACGGGCGGAGACGACAAUGCGCUUGCAUGGACGCUGUUAAAGCGAGAGGAGGAGGAACACUCCACUGCCGCUGCAGGGCUGGCCUGUUACCAGGCCGAGCUUGGCACCAUGGUGAGGAGAGCGCACGCGGCGGCCAUUACGGGAAUAGCUCUCCUGGAAGAAGAGCAGAAUAGUAGUAAUACUGGGGAAACAAGGUGUGUGAGCGUGAGCAACGACCAAUGGGUCAAGACAUGGAGGAUGCGCGAGGGCGUCGACGGGAUGGAAUUGUUGGGCGAAACGUACAGCGGCGUGGCGGACGCUGGCGAUGUCGUCGUAUUGGAAGGAAGUGGUGACUCCCGACGACGAUCGGUGAUGGUUGCGGGCGUAGGGCUGGAGAUUUGGCGCCUGGAGUCAGGUUGA